UGCCAGCUGCAAACAUGCUCUUCUUUUCCUUUUAGAGACUUCUCCAGGAGUUGCCGAGGUGAAGUUUGUGGAAAAAGAGCCAGCUGAACGCCACACAAUCAUUUCAUGGGAGCAAAAAAACUCCUGCUUAUUGCCAGAGGAUUUAAAGAACUUCUAUCUGAUGACUGAUGGCUUUCAGAUGACCUGGAGUGUGAAGACUGAUGAUACACCAAUGCCCCUGGGCUCCAUGGUGAUUAAUAGUGUCUCGAAGCUAUGUCGGCUUGGAGGUUCCUCUAUGUACGCUCUGCCUAAUGCACCAACUCUUGCUGACCUGGAAGAUGACACAGGCGAGGAAGGCAGUGGAGACAAACCAGAGAAGCCACACUUCGAUUCUCGUAGUCUCAUCUUUGAAUUAGACCCAUGCAAUGGGAAUGGAAAAGUUUGUCUUGUUUAUAAGCACGCUAAACCAGUUGUCUCCCCAGACACAGAGAUAUGGUUCCUGGACAGAGCUCUGUAUUGGCAUUUCCUCACCAAAACCUUCACAGCCUACUACCGCCUGCUCAUUACCCACCUGGGUCUUCCACAGUGGCAGUAUGCCUUCACCAGCUAUGGGGUCAGCCCCCAGGCCAAGCAAUGGUUUAACAUGUAUAAACCCAUAACCAUCAACACAUCUCUCCUCUCUGAAGAAGCUGAUUCCUUUGUGAACAAGCUGGACCCCAAUAAGGUAUUUAAAAGCAAGAACAAAACACCAGUGAUCAAAAAGAAACAACCUUCCCAGCCAGCUGGCGCCCAAAAGAGUCACACGAGCAUGACCUCCUCCAAGACAUCCUCGCUAGCUGGGAAUUCUUCAAGGAAGUGA